ACAGUAAUUUACGUAUUUCCGGUCACCAUCACACUUUCUUUUAGAUCAACGGCGGACGGGAGCAAAGAAGAAUGCUGGCCUCCAGAGCCCUUAGCCUCAUUGGCAAACGUGCCAUUUCUACAUCUGUCUGUGUACGUGGAGGGCAUGGUGUUGCUAAGGUGGAGGAGUACACUCUCCCUGCCUACUUUGACAGGCGGGAGAACCCCCUCCCUGAUAUCUGCUAUGUACAAAACCUGAGUGCGGAGCAGAAGUCCCUGAAGGAGAAGGAGAAGGGCUCCUGGGCUGCACUCUCACAUGAGGAGAAGCUUGCAUUAUACCGCAUCAGCUUCCACCAGAGCUUUGCUGAGAUGAACAAGGGAUCAGCGGAGUGGAAGUCUGUUGUCGGAGGAGUGUUGUUCUUUCUUGGUUUCACUGGCCUGGUUGUGCUUUGGCAGAGGAAGUAUGUGUAUGGACCAGUCCCUCACACAUUUGAAGCUGAGUAUAAAGAGAAGGAGCUGCAGAGGAUGCUGGACAUGAGAAUCAACCCAGUGGAGGGUUUUUCAGCCAAGUGGGACUACGAAAACAAGCAGUGGAAAAAGUAAAAGACCAGGAGGACCAUAAUACAUACUUGAAGAUGAAAGCAGACCAACUCAAACAUACCAGAAUACCUAUAUUUCUGUAUUUAUCAAUUGUUCACAUUACCUCAGUCUGUGCAUUUUGGAAGACCUCUUCCUCUUACGGUCAUUGUGUAUUAUAGAAAUGGAAAUAAAAACUGUUAACAUGAUAA